AUGCAGUAUCACACAGGUGACCAACAAGUGGUGGUUGACCCAGGGACCUUGAAUGACAAACAGCGACUGGCAUUUGACAUUAUCACUGCAUCCAUGGCUAAUGAUGAAUGUGAACCGCUACAUAUGAUUGUAAGUGGUACUGCUGGCACAGGUAAGACAUAUUUAAUUAGUGCCCUAAAGCAAGUAUUGCAAGACCAAUGUAUUGUGACAGCAACCACUGGAAUUGCUGCAUUCAGUAUUGGUGGUCAAACUUUGCAUUCCGCAGCUCAACUUCCGAUUCGGGAAUACAGAGAAUUACAGGGUGAUUCCUUACAGAGAUUGCAACUCAGAUUGGAAGGUAAGAGGUUUCUCAUUAUUGAUGAAAUGUCAAUGAUUGGACAUAAGAUGCUUUCAUGGCUUGACAACAGACUACGUGCAGGUACAGGGAAAGAGGAUGUCCCAUUUGGUGGCAUGUCAGUUAUCCUAAUGGGGGAUUUUGGCCAAUUACCUCCUGUAGGCGAUAGGCCAAUGUACAUUGCAGGUAAUGGAUCCGUAAUCAGUGACCAUGGUCACAGUAUGUAUUUGACAUUUGAUCAUGUAGUCAUUUUAGAGCAGGUCAUGCGACAGAUUGGUGAAGACCCAGAAGUAGUUGCAUUCAGAUCGCUAUUGAUGAGACUGAGAGAUGGACAAGUUACCGAGAUGGACUGGAGACUAUUAAUACAGCACUCCAGGCCUAACGUUUCAAUGGAUCGAUUUAGUGAUGCUAUUCGGCUGUACUUUGAUAAAAAAAAAUAUAAUUAUGAAAAGUUGCUAGAGAUUGGACAACCAUUGGUCAAAAUUCAAGCAAGGCAUUCUGGUCGGGGUGCAAGUGCGGCAACCUCUGAUGAAGUAGGUGGUUUGGAAGCUGUUCUCUUUUUGUCAACCAAAGCAGAAUGA